AGCCUUCCCAGCUUUCUGAGGAUGCUAACCAGCUGAGAAGCAAGCAAGACAACUGUGGUGACAUUCACCUGGAGCCUGCUGCCAGCUCUCUCUCCCCAGAUCACAAAAACAUGGAAAUUGAGGUGUCUGUGGCAGAAUGUAAAAGUGUACCUGGCAUCACCUCUACCCCCCACUCCAAGGACCACUCUUCCCCUUCUUAUUCGCCCUCACACAAUGGCCUCCUCACUGAUCACCAUGAGUCCUUAGAUAAUGAUGUCGCCAGAGAGAUCCAAUAUCUAGAUGAGGUGCUGGAGGCCAACUGCUGUGAUUCCUCUGUGGAUGGAACUUACAACGGAAUCUCCUCCCCAGAGCCUGGUGCAGCCAGACUGGUGAGCGGCCUGGGCUCACCUGCCUAUACGCCUGCCACUACCCAGGCAGAACCCACUGAGAAAGCAUCUGGCAGGCAGGUGCCUCCUCACAUUGAGCUCAGUAGGAGCCCUUCUGACACCAUGGCUGAAGGAGAAAGAGCCAAUGGACACUCCACUGACCAGCCCCAAGGCCUGCUGGGGGACGGCCUGCAGGCACCUGCCAGCCCCAGCUCCUCUACCAGCUCCCACUGCUCUUCCCGAGAUGGGGAGUUCACGCUCACCACACUGAAAAAGGAGGCCAAGUUUGAGCUGCGUGCCUUCCACGAGGACAAGAAACCCUCCAAGCUCUUUGAGGAGGAUGAACGCGAGAAGGAGCAAUUCUGCGUGCGGAAAGUGAGGCCCUCCGAAGAGAUGCUAGAGCUGGAGAAGGAGCGGAGGGAGCUCAUUCGGAGUCAGGCUGUGAAGAAGAAUCCUGGCAUUGCCGCCAAGUGGUGGAAUCCCCCCCAGGAAAAAACUAUCGAGGAACAGCUGGACGAGGAACAUCUGGAGUCGCACAGAAAAUACAAGGAGCGGAAAGAGAGAAGGGCACAGCAGGAACAGCUACAGCUGCAGCAGCAGCAGCAGCAGCAGCAGCAGCAGCAGCAGCAGCAGCAGCAGCAGCAAAUGCCCCUGUCUCAGCUCUGCACAGCCCCAGCUCCUCAGGAACACUUAGAUGGCAUUGAGCACACCAAGGAGGAUGUCGUCACCGAGCAGAUUGACUUCUCUGCUGCACGCAAACAGUUCCAGCUGAUGGAGAAUUCCAGGCAACCAUUGGCCAAGGGCCAGAGCACACCAAGGCUGUUCUCCAUCAAGCCUUUCUAUAGACCUCUUGGAUCCAUCAACUCAGACAAACCACCAACCAUCUUGCGACCAGCUGCUGUUGGGACACCUCCGGAAGACAGUAGCACACAGGCAGCCAAGGGGCAGAAAGUGUCAUGUGUCUCUGACAGCCCGUCUGCAGGAGCAGGCCCAGGUAGCACUGCCACUCAGGGAAAGGAAGGGCCAUACAGUGAGCCUUCCAAACGUGGGCCCUUGUCUAAGCUGUGGGCAGAGGAUGGAGAGUUCACAAGUGCCCGGGCCGUUCUUACUGUAGUCAAGGAUGAAGAUCAUGGGAUUUUGGACCAGUUUUCAAGAUCCGUCAACGUAUCUUUGACCCAAGAGGAGCUGGACUCAGGUUUGGAUGAAUUGUCGGUGAGGUCUCAGGACACCACUGUUUUAGAGACUCUGUCCAAUGACUUUAGCAUGGACAAUAUAAGUGACAGUGGGGCUUCCAAUGAGACACCCACUGCCCUUCAGGAGAACUCACUGGCUGAUUUCUCUCUGUCUCAGACUCCCCAAACAGACAACCCCUCAGAGGGUGGAGAAGGGAUCUCCAAAUCAUUCAGCGAUCAUGGCUUCUAUUCUCCUUCCUCCACACUGGGAGAUUCUCCAUCAGUUGACGACCCCUUAGAGUAUCAGGCUGGGCUCCUGGUGCAGAAUGCCAUUCAACAAGCCAUAGCUGAGCAGGCGGAUAAGGCUGAAUUGCACACUAGUAAGGGGGGAUCAGAACAGCAGGGACCUGAAGCAACAAUGGAGGAAGCUGAAAGCCAGGCUUCUGGCUCUGAGAAACCCCACAGCAUGUUUGCACCACCUCAGGUGUCCUCUCCCGUUCAAGAGAAAAGGGAUGUAUUACCAAAGAUCCUCCCUGUGGAGGACAAGGCACUCAGGGAAAAGGGGCCCUCCCAGCCACUGACAGCUGUGCAGCCCAGUGGGCCAGUCAACAUGGAAGCGAGCAGGCCUGAAGGAGGCUAUUUCAGCAAGUACUCAGAGGCAGCUGAGCUGAGAAGCACAGCCUCCCUCCUGGCUACGCAAGAGUCUGAUGUCAUGGUUGGGCCCUUCAAACUGAGGUCAAGGAAGCAGCGGACUUUGUCCAUGAUUGAAGAAGAGAUCCGAGCAGCCCAGGAAAGGGAAGAGGAGCUGAAGCGGCAGAGACAAGUGGCGCAGAGCAACCCGAGCCCCAGGGCCAAGAAUGCCCUAUCGCUGCCUUCUAGAACCACCUGCUACAAGACUGCUCCAGGGAAAAUAGAGAAAGUCAAACCUCCUCCAUCCCCCACAACUGAAGGUCCCAGCUUGCAGCCUGACUUAGCCCCUGAAGAGGCUGCCGGAACCCAGCGGCCCAAGAACCUGAUGCAGACCCUCAUGGAAGACUAUGAGACACACAAAUCUAAAAGGCGCGAGAGAUUGGAUGAUAGUAGUGUCCUGGAGGCCACACGGGUUAAUCGAAGAAAGAGUGCUCUGGCCUUGCGCUGGGAGGCAGGGAUUUAUGCCAACCAGGAGGAGGAGGACAAUGAAUAAACUUCCUACAACCCAGGAGACUCCUUUGCUGAAGGAGUUUCAGCAAAGAAACCAAGAAAUUAUCAAUUCAGAAGCAUUUUAACAGACUAUUUAUUAAAGUGCAUACAAACUCAACAAUCCUCAUGUAGACCAGAAGCUGCAAUACACCAUGACUAAAAACAAAAAAAGUGAAGAGGAAGUCCACCCAUCAAACUCUGAGACCAGAGAGUCAAAAGAGAAAGGAUUUCUUUGUGAUUCAAAGAAGCCCCUGGCUUUGGACCAUUCCACAACCAAUCCAAAGGGACAGAGACAUGGCAAAUGAGUCCAUAUAGUUGCUGCAGGCAGAACUGAAGCCAGCCUUGUCUGGGUGAUGAGGAGGAGCAAAUGGUGACGCAGCCAUUCCAAGGCAACAAACAAGCCCAGUCUGGUGCAGUCUACAGCACCCAGUCUAUUCCUCCACACCAGCUUCUCACCCCUUUCUCUCUUGAGCAACAGAAAUGUUGGGUUGACCCCAUUUCCUCCAGCAGCCAUAAAACGAAUGGUGUUUCUUUCCACAGUUGCCUAAAAAGGGCAACGAUGAUUCAAUCUCUCUUAUGUGUAAUCAUUUUUAAUUGGGAACACUUAAUGAUCAUAACAUAAAAAUCCGCAUUUUUAAGACAAUAUCUCUUCAUGUUGCAGAUGCAAUCUACUCUACAGUAGGAGGUUGAGAAUGGUAGGGGACAGAGCCAAACCAAAUGGGUUAUUAGCUUUAGGACCUUCUCUGCUUAUCCUGUUGACUGGUCAGUUUAGGGAAACACACCUUCACAGUUAUGUUUCUUCAUAUGAAAACUAUAUUUGGUGGGCAAUGACUAUUUUUAUGAUGGGAUGGGAGAAUAGGAACAUGGAUAAAAUCUGUACACAUUGAACAGCUUGGUUCAAGAUGGUAGGGGUAUUUUUAGAAUGGCAAUAAUUGACAACAAAAGGGGGCAGACUCUGUCUUAGAAGGGUAGAUGAUCAGAAAUACAGUGUUUAUAACUAUUUUGUAUUUGAAAAUGGGCCUUAGGUGGUUGGGAUCUCAGUAAGGUAACAUUAAAGUCAUGGAGGUAGAGAGAGAAAUGGGGUGGGAGGGAGGAGUGGGAAAGGAAGGAAGAGAUUAUUUUUGCUGAACAACCAGUGUUUUUCAGGAUGACAAAGAGAAAAAUAUAGAGUAGAAAUUUAAGUGCAGACGUGGAAUCAGCUACAAAUCCUAAAGAUGGUGUGUAUGCCUUUGUGUGCCUGUAUAAAGAUUGUGUGUUCACGAAUAAGGGUAUGACUCUGCGUGCGUGCGUGGGUGCGUGUGUGUGUGUGUGUGUGUGUGUGUGUGUGUGUGUGUGUGUGUGUGUUUGUGUGUGUGCGCGCAUGUGCAUGUGUGUGUUCGUGUUAGUUAAAACUUCAGGUUGAUCAUGACACAUGGGUGGACAGUAUUUCCUCCGUAGCUGUCUGCCAGCUUCAGGAGUGAGUGACAAUUUUCUUUUUUUAUGAAAAGGGAUAUAAAGGCACAGGGCUGACACAGUAUUUCUAAUAAUGAAUUGACCUAACAUGGUAUUUGCAUGAGUCACAAUUGUGAAGCUUUUUGAAGUUUUGUAUUGAUAAUUUGACAUUUAGAACACAUCCUAUUUAUUCUCGUGCUUUGUAUUCAUGCCUCAUGCACUAUAGAAGAUUCCAGCUUUAUUCUUUCUGUCAUUUAAAGCAAUAUGAUAAGGGUGGUCACUAAUCAGGUGCCCUGAAUUUCUGGAUGAGAGAAAUGUUUCAUUUCUGGCAAGGAGGGGAAGGGAGGAAGGGGAGAAGAAGGAAAAAGAAGAACUAACCAGCCUUCAAUAUUUUUCCUUUAUUUUAAAAACCAUUUCUUAAAAGCAAUAAUUAAAUCAGAUCUUGCUAAAAUUCAUUUUUGUUUUAUGUUAUUAUGUCAUAAGAUUUAAUAUGUUAUUCUAAUAAGUAGAGACUCCAUAAUAUUUAUAUGUACCUUUCCACAUGUUAUCUUUACUCUUUUUAUUAGACUAGUGUUGACUUUGGGGGAAAGCUGAUAAGUAGUGGGUACAGGGUAAAAAGGAAUUUUCUAAUGACUUAUAAAGGAUCUUUAAGAACUGCCAAGGGACCCUGCAAUUCAAAGCCAAAUUCUGAAGAUGGUAGCCAAAUUGUACGAGGGAAGUGCACACUGUCUUUAGAUGGUUCAUUCUUUUAGACAAAAUGUUUUUUAAAAAUGCUAGACAUUGGGGACAGAAAACAAAUGAGAAUCAUGCUGCAGCAAGGGAUUUGCUUUAUGGUAAGGGAGGCUGGCCCAGAAACAAAUGUCAUGGCACAUGGCAUCCAUGUCAGAUGUUAGAAGUCCCAUGAGGUAGAUGGCCACACUGGAGGGCACAUCUUUGUCUAAGGAUUUGGGGCUGGAGGCUCCAAAUGCCUGACCUGAGUACACAAUGAUGUGAGUGUUUCUCCCUGGGGCACAGGGGCGUGGGGUAAGGACACAUGGGGAAGGGUAGCUGCAGUGUCCCAAGGCCCCACACAGAGGCAGUUAGAGCAGCUAAAGAGUAGGAUGGUACUGGGUCAUACAAGAAAAAAAAUCUGCCUCAUUUUUUCUGGGAUCUGCUGGAGACUGUGGAGGCAGUGCAAACGCACAUCCUCAUUUUCACAAGAGGAAACAGUCCUCACGAUUUCCUUCACUUUCAUGUCCUGUUUGCAAGGGAACCUCGGACCCACACGGAGGUUACCUUGAGGAUGGACUUGGCAGCUGGAGUCCACACAAUCCAUGGAGUUGCUUCAGUGGCAGAUGAAGUGGUCCUUUCGGCUGCAGUAAAUUGAACAAAAAAUUCUGAAGGCUUGGGGAUUACAGAGCCAGGGUCCUUUGGGCCAUUUGCAGAUAAGGAGACACCCAGUUUCUGCCACUUAUUCCUGGUCACACAGCUUUUUUCACUUUGGCUCAUCCAUUUCCUAGUUUUACUGGUUUCCCUGCAUUCUGAUGACUGCCAUCAGUUUCCUAGCUCUCCUUGGUGACAGUUCUAGUGUGUUCCAUUAACAUGGAAAUCACAGUUCCAUGGGAGAGUCAACUUUUCUCUGUGUUCUUGGGAGGUGAUUUUUUGUUUUGUUUUAUUUUGGGGGGAGUUGUUUAAUUGUUUUUCCUUAUUCAAGGAACAUUUGAGACAUUGCUUUGGUCAUAUUGCUGUGCUAGGCUUUAGGAGCCCACUCACUUUCCCAACAUGAUCCAGCAGGUCCCUGGAAGAGAGUCUGUCCUGCUCCAUAAGCCUGAGGUGAGAGGCUCUUCACUAGUUUUGCCUCAGAUGCUUGGCUCUACCCUCCAUCAGCACACGAGCUUGUUAGUCUCAGCUAUAAGAAAUGUUUAGCUUUUGUAGAUUUCAAAAACCUUCCUGAGACACCGCAGUGUUUAUACACUCACUUUCCUCCAGAGCCAAUGACUGACAGUGUAGGCUUUCUUAUCUAGGAAUGAAGGAAGCAGGACACGGUGCAUGUCCCUUCUUCUUACCCAUGCAUGCUGCCUACCCUAGGCAAUGACAUAGAAACAGUAUAUAGAUCAGUGUACACCACACACACACACACACACACACACACACACACACACACACACACACUAUAGAACAAGGAACACCAAAAGAGUGUUGAUUGUUGUCUUUAAAGAUAUUUUUUUUCACCUGAAGAAUGGACUUAAAACUAUGUAUUGAAAAAAAAUAGCCUAAGUAAGUCUUAGAGAUGGUGAAUGUAUCCAGGUUCAGUUACAAAACUAAUUUUCUGAAUUUUAAUCAUUCAGUGAGCUGCCAAUUUUUAUUUUGUGUUGCUCUUUAUCCAAAUGGCUUUUCCUUUUUUUUUUUUUUUAAAAUUGGAGGAAGGGUGGGGGCAGGGGAAGCAGCAAUACUGUGUUUUAAAAAUUAUACUCUGUACCUGGCUUUCCUGUGUUAUGUUAACCACUUAAGUGUUUUUAUUCUGCUUCGGUUUUAUAGUGACUGUGAGGUAUUCAAUGCAGCUAUACAGUUAUUUUCUCAUUAAAACUCAACAUGUG